AUGGAUGAUUCGGAUACGGACCUCAAAAAUGAUAUUGGUGAGACUAACAUUGCGCUUUGGGGAAGUGAUUUACACCAACGUGUACGUGAGCGUGCCGGAGACGUUGAAAGCGCAUGGGAUGAUAUAGGGCAAGAUGAAGGUCUUUGGAUUUGGCGGAUUGAAGAUUUCAAAGUUGUUCCGUGGCCUGAUGACCGUAAAGGUCAAUUUUAUGACGGAGACUCAUAUAUCAUCCUCCAUGUGAGUUACGUACAAGAAAACCCCUGGUACUCAAGCUUUGCCCAUGAUCUGCACUUUUGGCUGGGCUCUCAAACAAGCUUGGACGAAGCGGGGACUGCGGCAUACAAGACUGUUGAGCUCGAUGACCAUCUUGGCGGGCUCCCUACUCAGUACCGGGAAUGCCAGUACUACGAAUCCCAACGCUUCCGCUCAUAUUUCCCUCAAGGCAUCCGUAUUCUCACUGGAGGGGUACGCACUGGGUUUAGCCAUCCGGAACCUGACACUCCACGCCCUCCCAAGUUGUUCCAGAUCACGGCAAACUCAGUAACCGAGGUUCCCCUUCCUGUCAAGUAUCUAGAAGAAGGGGACGUUUAUGUGUUCGAACCUGGAGGAGAGGCCAACACUCCACCUGCUAUCAUGCAGUACAACGCAAAGGGUUCCACAGGAAAAGAGAGGUUCAAGGCAGCAGAGGUAUCCAAGGAAUUGGCCGGGGAACUAGGAGAAGUUCAGGUAUACGAUGGGGAUGCAUCAGUCCCCUUUUUUCGUGCGCUAGACAUCCCUUAUCCCCCAGAAGCCCCAAGUCGGGGACAAGCGGGCGUAAGCGAACCCAUACUACUUCGUAUUCUACCUUCAGCCACACCGCCGUACACGCCACUCCCGACCGUGACCCGGGAAGCGCUUGACCCGUCAGAUAUAUUCAUACUUGCUGGACCGAAGGCUAUAUACGUAUGGAUGGGGUCCCAAGCCUCCCGCGAAGAAAAGCGGACGAUUAUGGCAGCUGCGCAGGGAUUCAUCAAAGAGAAGGGUUUGCGUCCGGAGACAAGCAUCGUUCGUGUCGUGGAAGGCAACGAGACCAAGGCUUUCUGGGACACAUUCCCUGAGAACUAG